AUGAUCGACGGUGUGGACAAGAUCGUGAACGCUACAGUUGUGAAGUUGAAACGGCAUCUUCGGGUGACGGAGAAUCAGGAGGAGGUGCUUCAAUCACUUGAAGACUUCGCGAAAAUGAAGCCCAAGGAGAUACCAAAAGAAUUAGAAGAGUAUCUUGAAUACGUCGCAAAAACUGGUGACCCAGUGUAUCAGUGGUCUGCUGUGAAAUGUUUAUUCCGAGAAAAACUCUUAAAGGUUGUUACAGAUUUCUACGAGUCGUGUCCUACGUGCCCAAAUAACGAAUUUACACCUUGCCCAAAUGUAGAACCAUUUAAUUACGAGAAUAUGAAGGCGAGUUUACUGGAACGCCUAGAUUCUUUCUCUAGUGCACCGUUUGCUAUUCACAGAUUAUGCGAGUUGUUAACGACACCUACUAAAGAAUACACCAGAGUGGACAAGUUUAUGCGGGCAGUGGAGAAAAAUACACUAGUUGUUAGUACAAAAGAACCAGGAAAUAGACGAUCAGAUGUUCAGUCUGAUUCCCUAACGAAUGGGGUGAUGGAUGGAAGAGCGCUUGAUAUUGGUGAAGCUAUUGAAACUGUGAGCAGUAAUGGAGUUAAUUUGUUGCAAACUAAAGAAAAUGAAGUGAAUGUAAGCAAUGGCAUUAGAAUAAAUGAGUUAGACAUGGAAAACCGAUCUGACAUCGAAAACACAAGUGAUGCUGUGUGGGAUAAAGACCAGAGAGAAAGCUCUGAUACAGAAAAACAGAGUGCAAAAACCAGUGAGAAAAAUGGCAAAUUAGACACAGAAAAUGAAAGUGGAAGGGAGUCACCAAAGAUUACUGGACAAAUUGAUGUAAAGGACGAAACGGGAGAAUCCCAACAGACCUUAAGUCACCUAAAGGACAAGGCAGAAAGUGAUCACAGUUGUGCUGCUCAAGACAUAAGUAAUACAGUGACUGCACAUGAAGUAGCACAUGGACAGAAAACAGACAGCACGUCUGUUUUAAGUACAGCAAAUGUUACAGAAGCAGAACAGUCUCCAAAGGAAACGGAAAGUAAUGCUAACCAGCUUGUAGAUUCAGUGCGUGUGGAGGAAGUAUCACACAGUGAAGAAAGGGAACAAGAGCUGAUAGCGUCAUCAACAGGGAUUGUGCUGGAGGCACAUGAGAAUGUAUCACAAGUUUCUGCUGUUCCCGAAGACGAAGAUGAUGUACUGUCAAAUGAGUCGUACAGUUCAACACAGCCAGUAGAGACCCUAGUUCCAUCACCGCCAGCUGUUGUAAUUUCGGAGAUUGGAGUAGAUGAAGGAGAGGAAGUGGGAGACGAGGGCUCUGCAACCGUGGUGCAAGAGGUAGUACCACCAGCAGAGACACCAGUAGUUGAAGAAUUGGAGAAUGCAAUGGUGUCGGAGGUAGAGGAAACUGUAGAAAAUGUGAAAGUCCUGGCAGUAGAAGAAAUGCAGCCUCUUCCACUUCAGUCUUCACCCUUGCAGCAACAGCAGCAACCACCACAACAGCCUCCGGGUUGCGAUGAAAGUAUGGAAGUGGAUGAACAGCUGCAGCUGCAGGAAGAAAUGUCCAUGGAUGGAGAUGAACCAAUGGACCAGACAGAAGAGAUGACCGGUGUUGUUACUGAAGUUGACAGUUAG